AAAGGAAUUGCAGCCAUUUUACGUGGAUAUCCCAUUCGGCGUAGCAGUAGUAUCCGCGUGAUUAUCGCGAAAAGUCAAAAUAAUCGUAAUUCGGGAUAUUCCAGUUUUUUCGAAAUGCGUUAAAAAGUGUAAUUACCAUUGUCAAUUUGACGAAGACUUGUUGCAUUUAUCAAGCAGCAACUCAACAAGAUGAUGUCAACAAAAUCUAAGGAGAUAGCGGAUGAGUAUAUCUCAUCAUUGUCUGAUUUGACAAUCAACAGCAAGCCCUUGAUUAAUAUGCUUACGAUGUUAGCAGAGGACAACAUUGAACAUGCUCCAGCAAUUGUUCAAGCUGUUGAAAAUCAUCUACAAAAGGUGAGAAGUGACAUUAAAUUACCCGUGCUUUAUUUGAUCGAUUCAAUUGUGAAGAAUGUUAAUGGAGCAUAUUUAAAUCUCUUCACACAAAAUAUUGUUAAUACAUUUUGUGGAGUGUUUGAAAAGGUGGAUGAAAAUACAAGAGCUAGUAUGUGGAAAUUAAGACAAACGUGGAAUGAUGUAUUUCCUGCAAAAAAAUUAUUUUCUUUGGAUGUGCGGGUGCAAAGUAUUGAUCCUGCCUGGCCAAUCACUGCCUCCCCUACUAGUGUUUCUUCGGGAUCUAUUCAUGUUAAUCCUCGCUUCUUUUCAAUGCCCCAACAAUCUACACCAUCUGUUGUAUCACAACCAAUUGUUGCACCAGUAAAACUACCACCAGGUGAUCCUGUAACACCAACAGAAGCAGCAAUGCGAGAACAAUUAUUAAAGAAACAACGGGAGCUAAUAGAAUUGCAAAAGAAAAAAAUUGAAUUAGAACUCCUUCAAGCUAAAGCUAAUUUAGAGCAACAACAACGACAACUCGAUAAACAAGCAGGAAAUUUAAAAGCGGAAUUGGUUACAGCUACAACCCAUGUUACACCAACUACGGAAACUAUUACUCCAGGAAAACCUGUUACAUCUGCUGUACAAACUCAAGCAUCAAAGCAAGUAGCAAAACAGUUUCCAGCUGCAACUGCUUCGCUUCUAAAAAAUGCAGGAACGAAUAAUGGUCCUCGAAUUACUCCAGCUAGUAGUAUUGCAGUAGCCUCAGCUAAACCUGUAUCUCGUGAUCCAAGAUUAAAAACUACUUCAACUCAAGAUGUACCGGUUUCAAGCGCGGAUCCUCGGCAGCGAAUAAGUACACCAUCUCAAAAGGAUUCGCGGGGUGAAGGCCAAACGCAGUUAGCGGCAAAUACAAACACUGUACUUUCAGAUCAAUUAAAACAGCAGUUACUUUCGAAACAGGCUGUAACUAGCACUAUCAACAAGUCUCCGACAAAUCUUGCCGGCUCCGAUACUGCGACGAUAAACGCUAGUAAUAACAAUAAUGCUAAUACGAACCUCAACAAUAAUAACAAUAAAAAUUUCAGUGGUAACGCAAAUAAAGAUGCUGUGUCGCAUCGAACAAGUCAAAAGAAAGACCCUCGAUUGUCUAGUAAUAGUAGUGGUAACCUAAACAGUAAUAGUUCUAAAGGUUCUCAAAGUUUGUCUGUGGGUAGUAAUAGUUCUUUAUCUGCGAGUAACAGAGGGGGUGGGAGUAAUGAUUCUAAGUCGAAAGAUUCAAAGAGCACAAAUUCACGGAGUUCUUCGUCUUCGUCAAUCGAUAAAUCUUCCACUUCCUCAAAAUCCUCGCAUAGGAAGCUAGGUAACAAGUCGCGAUCUAAACAACCUCAAACAUCUCCGAGUAAGAUACCAAAAAUCGACAGAGAUGCCAGUCCUGUUAGGUCCAAAUCUCGUGAAAAGGACAGUGGAGACAGUUCACCAUCCUUGCGUACCUCUCCCCAAUCCUUUCAAACCUCUAAAAAUCGAAAGAAGAAUACGAAGUCCAGAAAACGUAGUCCAAGUCCUCCAUAUAGAAUCCCUAGGCGUAACGAUUCAAAAUCCAAUUCAAGUCUAAGCAGUUCUGGUGGUGUUACUGAGGAGGAGCAAUCCGGUUCAUUAAUAGUUUCUCCUCCUCACCCACCUACAUUUAAAGAAAUCCGGCCGAAUGCUAGACAGAGAAAUUACGUAAGGCGAAACAAGGAUGGCAGUCUUAGCCCCGAACGCUCUCCAGCAAAUGCUGGAAACGUUCAAACUUCUGCAGAACCGACAUUGGAAUCGUCCAGCAAAGACGAAGAUUUGAGGGCAACUCUACCUCUUCCGAGCGCGACUGCUUCAGUAUCAGAGAAAAAAGAGGACUUAGAUCUGCGUGUAUUGCCACCGCCGGUUAAUACCAAUAAAAGACAAAGUUCUGAACACAUGGAAUCAGCUUCAGCUAAGAAAACGAAAGCUGAAAAGUUUGAUGCAUUGUUUGGAAACGAAGAUGUUGACCUACGAACAUUAACUCACCCUAAAGCUGGACGACCACCAACACCUCCUCCACCUGUAAUAUCUGGUGAAGAUGGCAAAGAUGGGUGGGCAAAACUGAAAACACCGUCAAAGAAUGACAGAGAAAAACAAACUAAUAAUACUGACGAUAAACGAGACAGUAGAGAUCGUAAUAGAGAUAGAUUGGGUAGGCUUAGGCUUUAUAAUAAACUUCCGGAUGAUCCUAAAGAAAGAAGAAGAACGCUAUCGAAUGAAGAUCAAGAUGGUAGAUCAGGUCGUAGGGGUCGAGAAAAUGAUAAACCUGAAAAAAAUGAAGAUAGAAAUAUUGAAAUAAUAAUGAAACAAGCGGCCGAACAAUUAAAUCAAGGAUCUAUCACAAAAACUCAAUACAAUACUCUUAUCCAGGAGGUUUUGCAUAUGAGUGAAGAUCGUAAAUUGAGAGCUGCGCAAAGAAAAGAAAAAGAAGUAGGUUCUAUCGUAUGGGAAAAGGGUGUAAACUUAGAUAUAACUGGUCAAGCGGAUCGUGCAACUACCUUUAGUCCUUCUAACGAUAAAGAAAUACUACGAAAUAAAGAUCACUCUAUUCCAAGAAACCCGAAUGGUCCUAGGUGGCAAAAUCUACCAUGGCAACAGCCAGGACCAUGGGCUCAUCCUCCAGGACCUCCAUACGGUGGUCCACAGGGGCACUUUAACUCAGACUUUAGACCUGUUGGGCCGUGGCAAAAUCCAAGACAUUUUGGACCAAUGCGCCCUGAUUACCAAUAUCAUGGUGGAUUUAAUCACACUAUUGGCCCAAAUCCUCGAUUAGGACCUGGAAUGAUGGGUCCUAACGGGCCUCUUAUGUCAAAUCUUUUAUCCAAUGGCCCAAUUGGGUCGAUGGGUAUGCCUAACCCAAUAUCACUAUCGGCCAUGAACGGACCUGGAAUGUUAAUGAACAAUGGACCAAUGACGAAUCUUAUAUCAAAUCCAAAUAUAUCAUCAUUGAGUGCGACAAGAAAUGUUUCACCGAAUUCGUCAUCGAAAUACGAUCUUGAAGAAAAUGAUCAAAAUUACACGACGACAAUGAUGAAAAAUCAAAAUCCUCAUAGUCGUGAAUUACCACCCCCUGAUCCCAAAUUAUUAGAUGAAAUUGCGAGGGAUACUAUGAAAUCUAUAAACAUUGAUAGUAUACCUCGCGAAAUUAGAUAUUACGGCCAAACUGGAGUAGUUUUUAUGAAUUGGGACGAUCCAAGAGAAAUUGGAUUCCAAGAUGGUAUACGACGAAUUUUAAUCGAUGACAAAGAUACUAUAACUUGCGCAUUUAAUGAUCAAUACAAAGAAUUUAUAUACGAAGGUGAAGUUCAUAGAAUUAAAUUAGGUGCUCCUACCAGAGAAUUAUAUGUUGAUGAUCGAUGGUAUGAAUGUUACUUCGGCGGUAUGCCUGUAACGGUAGAUCUUGGUGGUAAAAAAGUUAGCGUCAAGUUGGAAGGACCUCCGCCCCAUGUUAAAAUUGGUACUGUAAAGAGGACCGAUUUGGUAGUUGCUAAAAUUAAUCUUAUUAUUAAUGCUCGGAACAUGGUUCCCGUAUUUUUGGAUGCAAAGCCACAAAUAUUUGAGAUUGAAGGAAAGCCCCAUACACUUGAAUUUAUAGAUUCAUUACAAACAGUUCUUUUGAAUGGUCGACCAUUUAAAGUCGAAUUUGGAGGAUUGCCUAAGCCAAUUAUUGUUAGGGAUAAAAAACAUUUCAUAAGAUUCUCGGUAUUACCGAGAGGUGUUCGUCCAGGGUACGUUAAGAUUGCAGGUAUGAAAGGUGAAGAACCUAUCGAAGCACCGCCUACACCACCUUUGAUGACGCAAAAGCCAAAAGUUGAUACAACAUCAGCACCGACACAAUUCUCUUCUAUCGAACCUGAGUCGACAUCACAGGAUGGUUCUGAUCUCAGAUCUACUCCCAAACCGGAUUUACAAUUAGAUAUGUUAUCUUCGGUUUUACCAUCUGCGAUGGCACCAGCAUCUGGAUUAUCUUACCAGGCUGAGCCAGUGGAAAAUCCACCUACGACUGCACCAGCGUUAUCAUUACCUUUGAAUAUGAACGAGUUGUUCCAAAGAUUAGUUGAAACUGGUAUUGUACCGAAUCUUUCUGAACCGAAAAAGCAGGAAGAGGAAGAAAAGAAAGAACCAGAAAUUAUUCCUGUUUCGUUCGAUAAGCCAGAAACGCUUAAAGUUAAACAACCAGCUAUUGCAGCAGCAUUGUAUAGUGGUAUGCAGUGUAGUUCUUGUGGUGCUAGAUUCGCGCCUGAACUAGCAACGCGGUACAGCCACCAUUUGGAUUGGCAUUUUAGACAAAAUAGAAGAGAAAGAGAUUCUGCGAGAAAAGCUCAUUCGCGACCUUGGUAUUAUGAUGUUAGCGAUUGGAUACAGUUCGAAGAAAUUGAAGAUUUGGAAGAUAGAGCACAAAGCUGGUUUGAAACUGAAAAGCAAACCGCGGAUACAGAAGGUAUUGCUGCGGAAGAUUCUCCUCAAGAAACGUUGCAACCUAGUGUUCCUACUGGAUCCGACGAGGAUUCCAGAUGCCAAGUUUGUCACGAUGCAUUUGAACAGUUUUAUAAUGAAGAAAAGGAAGAGUGGCAUUUAAGACCUGCAAUUAAUUUUGAAGGAAAAAAUUACCAUCCAUUGUGUCUUGAUGAUUACAAGAGAGCUUUGGAAAAAUCUGCGUUAGCACUUGAAGAAACAAUUGAGGAGAUGGAGGACGAAAAGAAGGAAAAUCCCGAUGAAACAUUUGCAGAGGGAAACAAGACUGACGAAUUAAGCGUGGAAGCUAAAUUCGAAACAGUAGAGCCAUCGGAUGAAAUAAUAGAAGAAGAUGUACAACAAAAAGAGCCUGAAACAGAGAAUAAAGAAGAACCUAUGGUUACAGAUAAUUUAGAUUCCGAACAAGUUGAAAAAACGGAAGGACAAGAAUUUGAAUCUAGUGAGAAGGAUAUUGCUGAACAAGUAGAAAAGGAUGUUGCAUCCGUGACAAACGAAAUGGAUGCAUCUGAAACAGAAAAUGUAGACAAAUCUUUUGAAAAUAUCAAAAUUAAAGAAGAACCGAUUGAUGAACCUGAAGAGCAGCUAGAAGAACACUUUGAUUUUACUGGUGUUGAAGUUAAGGAUGAACCUAUUGAUCCUGAACCAGAACCGGAAGAAACCAUAUUAACUGAGCCUGCAACGGUAGACACAACCCAUGCGGCUGUAAAAAGUUCUAUCGAUGGAAAUGUGGAAUUGGAUUCUACACCUGCGGCAAUUCCAGCAGCGCCGUCCCGAAUUAAAAUUAACAUUACGAAACCAUUGUGUGUCAAUAAAGAACCGGAAGAAUCUAAGGAAAAGGAAAAACAUGUUGUUGAAACACCUACUGAAGAAAUAAUAGAACCUUUGGUGCCUGCCUCUAUUAAACCUGCAUUGCAAGGUAGAAAACUUUCUGUUUUACCUCCUGUGGAAAGAGGGAAAGAGCUAUCUGGACUCUGCUCGAUUAUGUAAAUAGUGUAUGUAAUGUAUUUGAAGUAUACGUAUGCUUGCACGUGUGUAAAAGUGAAAAUUUGUGUGAUUCGAAUGUAUUUUAUGUUUAGCGCUACUUAAAAUUAAGUAUCGAUACAUUGUACAUCACAUUUGUGCAACUUAUACGACUUGAUACGAUACGAUUGCAAACUUCGUCUUUUCUUUUUAUGUAUGAUUCAUUUUUUCUUACUUUUUUUUUCUAUUUCGUAUGUUGGAUUUUAUCUACCUAUACGUCGUUAAUCCAUUAAUGUGGUAAUAUAUUAAUCUUUUUAACAAGCAUCGUUCUUUUGUUCAAAUAUCAUGUCGUAUAAGUUAAUGCGUGUGCUGUAAUGUGUGAGAGUAUUAGCGUAUGCGUGUAUUUAGUUUUUAAAUCUUAAUUAAGCUAAAAAGAGAACAAGAACUGUAUAUAUUUAAUGUAAUCGAAACGGUUUAAUUAGAAUGAGGUAUGGUAUAGUAGCAUUCCCAACAAUAUUGAGUGCAAUUACAUUUCGUGACAGAAAAAUUGUCAGAAAUGUACACUGAUAUGCACAGGACUCAUCGAGAAUUUCAUACCGUUUGUACUUUGUAAAAAUAUUCAAAAGUUAUACGACAUUGUUUUCUAGAAGCGUCAGCUCCAUUAUGACUUUACAAAGCACGAAAAUAAGGUCCCAUGAGAAAUAAUGAAAAAUUACCCAAUUCAGUUAGGUGUACAAAUUGUGUGAUAUAAUAUUGUUGACUAUAAUGUAUAUAAUACCAACAUUAAAAUAAUCCCGACGAUAUUGGGUAAGGAAAAAAAAAGUUACUACUAGAGGAGGAUUAUUUUGUUGUAUAAAAAAAUCUUGUUAAUUAUUUGGGGGUCUGAUUUUCUUUGAUUGCUUAUUUAUGAUCCUAAAUUUACCUUUCUAAAAUAUCCUUUAUGACACUCAUGAAUACUGACAAACUUGA